UACAAUUUCUACACACACCGCCAUUCACACACACACCCACACCGUGACACACGCACAACACAACGGCUGGCCGGCCGGCUGAUUCUGCCGUCUACAUCGACUUACUCUGGCAACUCUUGGAUAGUCUUGUCUAUCUUCUAUAAUUUCAUAUCUAGACUGAUGGCAAAGGAAGAAAGUGAUCCAUCAAAAAUGGAGUGGAAAUAUUUGCAAGAGCCAGUUGCCAAUGAUCUUGCCAAUGAUCCUAAAGGAGUUUCAGCACAGAAAAGGGUCCCGAAAAAGAUGAGGGAGAUUCCCGAGUUUUAUUUCCUUCCCCGCAGAUCUCUUUUGUUUAACCUGACAUUCUAUGGAGCGUGUAUCGCUGGUGGGAUUGGUGCUGGCAUGCUCGUAGAAAAAUGGAUUAAUAAGAAAGUUGCAGAAGAUGGAGGUGUGAUCUACGAAUUUGACAAGUGAAAAGGGCGAUUGUUUAGCCAAAAAUGAGAACUGGUUUUCAUAUUUUUUUCAUGUUCGUUUUAGAGAUCUGUCUAAAGACUCAAACAGUUGACAUUUUGUCUCUGGGUUGAGGUGGCGUUCCUUGUCACUGGAUGAAUGGAGUUCCUCAAUAAUCAUUGGGUACUGUGCUGAUCCCUCAUAUUUUAGCUCUCCUUUUG